AUGCCUAUCCCUCGAUACACUUACAAUGGUCCGGUCGACCACACCGUGGUGCCAGACAGGUCAAAGGUCAAAGGGAAGUCCGUCAUCGUGACAGGCGGUGCAAAUGGCAUGGGUGAAGCUAUGGUGCGAGCCUUUGCAGCUGCAGGAGCCUUCGUCACUUUUGGAGACCUUCAGCCACGAGGAAGGGAGCUAGAAGAAGAAUUGAAUGCCGAUGGAGAGAAAGUGGCCUUUGUCAAGUGCGAUAUUCGCAACUGGGACGACCAGAUCCGCAUGUUUGAGACGGCCAGGAAGAAGAGCCCCAGCAACAGCGUCGAUAUCGUGAUUGCAAAUGCCGGCAUCAGUCGAAGCUCGGGGGAUAGUCUAUGGAACCUGGACGCAGAUCCAAAUGGAGAACCAACAAAGCCCGACCUCAACAUCAUCCGAGUGAACAUUGACGGCACGCUCUACACGUGGAAAUUGGCAGUCCACUACUUCCGUCAACAGCCUGAAACCGAGGAUCGGGAUCGAUGUUUCAUCAUCACGGGCAGCAUGGUCGCCUGGAUUGACUCGCCGGGCAAUUGGGAGUACACUGCCACCAAAUACGCGCUCCGUGGAUUCAUGCGUACGGCGCGUCGGUCCAGCUGGGAGCAGGGCAUCAGAAUCAGCUACGUCGCGCCGUGCUGGAUCAAGAGCGCCAUCCGGACGAAAGAGUACGAGUCGUGGCUCAUCGAGCACGGCAUCGAGUUUGGGGAGCAGGAGGAUUGCGCCGGUUGCAUGAUGAGGAUCGCCUGUGACAACAGCAUCAACGGCCACUCGUUGAUGAUCGUACCGCGAUCGAAAGCCAAAGAGGGCUUUAUGGACGUCGGUAAGGAUGACUAUACUGAGGAGGGAUACUUCAAAACCACCCAGGAGACGCAGCUGGUCAUCAUCGAGGACAGGUGGGUCGACGGCUACAAAGUAAGGGUCUAUAAAGCAGACUGA